UACAAUGUUGUUACCUUAAUCACGGGGCUGAAGAGCAGACGUUAAUGUAAUGUCGCUUGUCAUAAAUGGAUUACGAGUUACCUUGAUCACGUGGCGCUAAGAGGAAUACACGGUUCCACAGAGCUACUACGACUACUGCUGCUGCUGCUGCUGCUACUACUGCUACUACUACUACUACCACUACUACUGAGGUGUGUUAAAGAAUGGUGAUGGAAUUGCCUCAGAGGGACAGGUUGUCAGAGCUGGUGGAGCAGCUUACCACAUCAGGAGAACCCCAGCUCAACCAGGACAGGAUGAAGGAAAUCAAGAAGAUCUGCAAAGUGUCUAAUGACUGCAUAGACCACGUGUACCACUCGGUGAUCGCUCAGCUCAACCAAGAACAUGCUGAGGUCCGACUGUCUGCCUUCCAGAUAGCCAGUGAGCUCUUUUCCAGAUCACACCACUUUAGAAUGCUGCUGGUGGACAACUUCCAGGAACUGAUCUCUCAGGCUGGUCUGGACCUGGACCUGGACCUGGUGAUGGAUGCCUCCCAUGAGGAGCGGGUGCAUCAGUACUCUAAGGUGUCCCUGCAGGUGGAUCUGCUGGAGAAGGGCUGGUGCAAUCUGGUCCCACAGCUGCUGGAGUCCACUGAGCAUGACUACAGAGAGAAGGCUCUGCGAGCUUUGUUGGCGAUGGCUCCGAUGUGUUUGGAUCAGUACCGCUCAGACAGCUCUCUGCUGGGCUCUCUGCUCUAUCUCAGAGACCAGUACCAGGAAAUGGUCCAGUCAGAAAUGAUUGUAGGAGAGGAGAACAGCUACUUUGAAGAGAUUGUAGAACUUAUAAAUGCUCUACAAGUCCAAAUUAAAUAAUGAGAUACCUGCACAAUGCAGAGAGAGAGAGACUUUGGACUGAGGGGAUGGCAUCACCACUCUUCAAACUCAUGGUAACUACAGAAGGCCAAACAGUCUACUGCAUACAACUCAAGGACAUUGGAUGCACCUUUAGUACAUACAUGUUGGGCUGGCCCUGUCGAUGGUGGAUUCAUUGGUGAGUCGGUAUGAGCUUGAGCUGCCCCAUUUGAAUGGAACCUUUUUUGGAUGCUGGUGGCAUGAGAAUAAAGUUUUUUUUU